CGGUAAUGAAUCAUAGAGCGGAACUAUCAACUGCUUCCGCCCUUUGCGCCUCAUACAGCAUCUUGUCAGGAACUCGGGUGCAUGAAGAACAAAAGGGGACGGUUUUUAAAGAAUUGAAUUACUUUUGGCUACCUCAAGAGAGUCCGAAUCAUCAAGGAAGGAGCGAGCUACAGAUUGCGGAUCUAUUUUGGCAUAUGUCUCAAGAUAGUCUGGGAAACGACGACAACACUGUAUUCGCAAGCAUCGGCAUAUAUGAAGGAGUGUUCAAACAAGUUUGAAUAAAGAAAUAUGUUAGCAUUGCUGCUUCUCGCGUUCAUCUCAUGGUCUCAAUGGGUAUCUGCAACAAUUCUCCAAAACGGCCAGGUCCGAGAGAAUCCAUAUCCCGGCCAAGCUGUGACUAUUGAGCUUGAUGGGAAUUGGAGAAACUAUACUCGCGAUGCACCAGAGAUCUCAUACAAAGGCCGGUGGGAUAGCUACUAUACGUCUU